AUGAAAGCCUCUCUCCGGAGCGCUCGAUCGUUGGCCACCCAUGCAUCUUCUGCAUCUGGAGUCAGACGUACUUGGGGAAAAUCAGAGAUCCAGAAGAUUUAUGAUAGUCCACUCCUGGAGCUCGUCUUUCGCGCUGCAUCAGUUCACAGGCAACACCAUGAUCCCAGAAAGGUCCAACUCUGCACGUUGAUGAAUAUCAAGACCGGUGGUUGCACAGAGGAUUGUUCGUAUUGUUCGCAGUCUUCGCGAUACUCCACGCCAACGAAGGCAUCGCGUCUGGUGGAGUUGGAGCCCGUCCUCGAAGCUGCACGCAAGGCUAAAGAGAAUGGAAGCACUCGGUUCUGCAUGGGUGCUGCGUGGAGAGAUCUUGCUGGGCGGAAGCGGGGCUUCGAGCGCAUCCUAGAUAUGGUUCGUGAAGUCCGUGCGAUGGGCAUGGAAGUCUGUACCACUCUAGGCAUGCUCUCUCCACAGCAAGCACGGCAGUUGAAGGAGGCCGGUUUGACUGCAUACAACCACAACCUCGACACAUCACGCGAGUUCUACCCUCAGGUGAUCUCCACACGGUCAUUUGAUGAGCGGCUCGAGACAAUCUCCGCUGUUCGUGACGCCGGGAUCAGCGUGUGCUCCGGUGGCAUCUUGGGUCUUGGCGAGUCCGACCACGAUCGCAUUGGUCUGAUCUGGGAAGUUGCAAACAUGCCGGAGCACCCAGAAUCAUUCCCCGUUAAUGCGCUCGUGCCUAUCAAGGGUACGCCGCUCGAGAACAAUGAGCCUGUCCCCUACCCAAUUGUUCUUCGCACCAUUGCGACGGCCCGCAUUGUUCUUCCUUCCACUAUUAUCCGGAUAGCUGCCGGAAGGCAGACCCUUGAUGAAACCCAACAAGCAAUGUGCUUUAUGGCCGGAGCCAACGCCAUCUUCACGGGGGAGCAGAUGUUAACCACCCCUUGCUCACCAUGGGAUGAGGACAAGGCCAUGAUGUCCCGCUGGGGUCUGGAAGGAAUGCAAAGUUUCGAACAAACCAGAGAUACAGAAAAGGAAGACUCUCAGCGACCCGCAACUCCCGAAGCUCCUGGCGAUGCAGCGAGUCCGAGUACCGAGUCCACGUCCAUGCAAUGA